CGUGUUUGCUCACGAGGGCUUCCAGAGCUCUUCCGCGAUGAACGGCUAUCGUCGACAAUCUUUUUGUGGUUUUGCGCCUUCUGUAGAGAGGCUGAAGGAUGAAAGAUACGGCCGCGUCAAGGCAAGGAAAUACUCCAAGGCCAGUAUUACGCAUAAAAUAAACUGGCCACCAAGCGAAAAAGACCUGGGUGUCUUGAGGAGAACUGUGUCUCUACCAGAUUGUCAAGAAAUGGCAAGGAUGCACUCGAAAAGGCCAACGCGCAGCAAGGAAGCGUUCUCGGAUCCCCCAGCAGGUGUCAAGAGAACCAGAAGCGUCUCGUUCGCUCCUGAAGUUGUAUUCUUCACUGCGGUGGCCGACAACGAUGUGGCAGAGUUAACGAGACUCAUGCAUAAAGAGGAAAUCGAUGUGAACCACCAGAGUCCGUCUGGACUCACAGCGUUGCAUUACGCAGCCGCUGAAGGAAGUUUCGAAUGCCUUCAACUUCUGCUCGAUUGCGGGGCUGAAGUGGAGCUACUGGACUCGCAAGGGUGCUCCGCGCUGGAUUUCGCGGUGCGUGGGGGGCAUUUCGACUGCGCAUCAUUCCUUAUCAAAGCUGGAGCCGAAAUCAAGAAGAUUGUAAAUGGUUUGUGAUGGCCGAAAGUGGAACAUUGAUUGCACCAUGUUGUAAUCAAAAGAAUGCUGUGUGUUAAUUGUUCACAACUUAAAACCCUAUCUCUCAUCGUAUUGGUAGAUCUAAAAAUAAACUUUAGCCCACAUGGCCAAUACAUACGUCUUGGAAUUUUAAAGGAUGGAUCAGACGAUUUUAAUGAAGUAUCCAACAGACCACAAGUCAAUUUUUAAUCUUCUUUUUUCGUUGCUCAUGCCUCACGGAUUUAUUUGUAUAGCUUAGUCUUGUGAUAUGCUUUUGUCUUGUAAAAGCCGCACUAAACAUUCCUGGCGUGGUUAAAUUAGCAUCUGGUUUGGUAAUGAGACUUAUUUGCACAGUAAAAAGGAUUUACACGAACUAAAAGACUUUCAAUGUGCAUUUAAUCAACCUCUGCUGUGAAAACCCGCCGGGGGAAUCGUUUAGCUCCUGCUUGGGUUGAUUCUACGCUUGAGCGCAGUUGGCUUCAAGCAGAAAGGUCAACCUUUAAUGGCUCACGUGCCUGUAAAGGAAUCACUAAAUAUUUGCGAUAUGUCAACUGCAAUAAAUAGCGUUGAACUUUACUAGAGAAGGUCACUUUUAAGCUUGUUUACACAAAGCUCGGCGCCGAAAUUAAAGACGGACGAAAGGAAAACAAACUACGGAUAGAUCUUUCUUAUGAAACAAGUCAUUGGUAUAGUUCCACCAAUCAACCCUUUGUUUUUGGUUCAGUUUCGCAGAGAAUAAACAGUGAAAAGCUUGUGUA